AUGCUCCCCACCGACGACGACCGCCCCGCGACGACCAAGAACAACAACACACGGACACGGACGACGAUGGGCCGCAGCAAGCGCGAGUCGAGGCGGCCAUUUGGCCGGCCCAAGACCCCACCUGGUCCGCAGGAGACCUUCGAGGGCUCCUUCCAAAUCAACCCGGCCCAGACGCCGGAACCUGGCAGUUCGCAUCACGCCCCGUCGCCCGCCCCUCCCGCCGCGGUCCAACGAUCCAUCUCCGCGCCCGUGCGCGUCGAGGAACGCCGCGCGAGCCAAGGGAGCGCCUCGCGCCCUGCACUGGUCGGCCGCAUCGAGGUGGAGCGCGCCGAGGCCGCCCCGUCGCGGGCGGCGCGCCCCCCGCACCGGCCCUCCAACAGCCACCCAAGCAUGCCAACGAUGCUCGCCGCGGGAGGGGACUUCAGCAACCGCCGCCGCAGCAACUCGUCCACGGUGCUCUCGGGGCUGGCUUCUGUCAACGGGGUCCCGGGCUCUUGGCCAAGUCCGCAAGGGCGCCACGCGCAAGGCUUCUCUGGUUCUCUCCACUGGGGAGGGGUCGGAGGAGACACGCUGCUCUCCCCCGUCUCCUACACGCCCGGUACGAACUCGAGUGGGUCGAUGUCGGUGGGGCGCGGGGGCACGGGCUACGGCGGACUGCCCUCGCCAACCCAGUCGUCGCUCACUCGUCUCACGUACUCCGGAUCCUCACGAUCUCGCUGCCGCUCUACUACGACCGUCGACACGGCUCUGGAGAAUGCUCGCCACUGA